AGAAAAUGUUUGACAGAGACUUAGUUCGUGUUUUGGCAUGCACCAUGGCACUUCUAGAGUCAGGUCAUUCAUACGUCUCGGUCGAGUUUGAAGUAUUCGGAAAAGUACAAGGCGUUUACUUCACUAAAUAUUGCAGAGACAGAAGCACUGAGCUCGAUAUUGUUGGAUGGGUAAAGAACAGUAAAAGAGGCACUAUAAUGGGCAAAAUGCAAGGACCAAAAGCAAAUGUUGAAGUAAUGAUCGCAUGGUUGUCAAAUGAAGGAAGUCCCGGAAGUAAAAUUGAGCGAUGUGAUCUAAUGAACUUCGAAUAUUUGGCAAGGAAAGAGUUCAAUGGAUUUAGCAUAAGAUUUUAAACAUCCUUAAAAAGUAAUAUUUUAUUAACGCAGGUAUUGUAAAAUACAGGAAAGCUAUAAAAACACUAAAAUAUUGGUGUAAAAAAAAGACAUGCACAUAUUGUUAAAAUUUUUAUACAUAAUUUAUUAUUUUUAAAAAUCGAUACUAGCUCGAAAGGCAAAUACAUAAUACAUAAUAUUUUAUAAUGUAAAUCAAGUUGCUUAAAUAUUAUAAUGUAUUAGAAAAAUGAAUAAAGUAAACUAUUGGUAUAACAAACUAUUUAAAAUAAUAUGUAAUAAGUAUUGUAAAUACACAUCUUAAACUCUAGGAAUUUUGAAAAUAAAAAUAUUUACAAAUUUUUAA